AGAAGAUCAGGAUGGCAUCGAAAGGGAUAGAUGAGGAUGAGGACAUGGAAUUUCUCGAUUGGACGCUGGUGAAUAGAGGAAAAGGGUGAGGCAGGCCGGGUGCACCACGUGGAGGUGAAAUGGGGAUGACAGCUAGCCAAAAUAGUAAAAGAAGUUUAGAUGGAAACAGCACGGAUGAAGGUGACAGGAUAGUGAAACGAAAGGUGGAGAAGGAGGAAUUUAAGAUUGUUCUGAGGUUCAGGAAGGAGGAUGAACAGGUUAAUCUUAGUCCGAUUAAUAUUUUUAAGGGAACUAAAAAAGAAAGUAGGUGAUGUAGAAAUGGCUAAAAUACCCAGAGAUGGGAACUUGUUGAUAAUCUGCAGAAAUGAGGAGCAGAAAAACAAGGUAAUGCAUGUAGAAAACAUAUACAAAAAAGUGAUUUAUGAUAGGAAAAUCCUGGGAGAGAAUAAAGUUGUUUGUGGGGUGAUCACUGGUAUUCCCACUGACGAAGAUCUUGAGAAACUGAAAUGUAGCAUUCAAGGAGGAGAGGUUAAUAGAAUGAAAAUACUAUUAAUAUCAGUUAAUGGAGAGAGGGUGGAAAGCUUAUCAAUACUGAUGGAGUUUCAGGGAUCAGUGCUCCCAGAGAAGAUUAGGGGGCAUGAGUUUCCCAGUCAGGCCUUAUGUCCCUCCUCCACUUCGAUGUUUUAAAUGCCAGAGAUAUGGACAUAUCGCGAUAGCAUGCAAGGGGAAACAAAGGUUCCCUAAAUGUGGAGUGGACCACACAUACGAGCAAUGUGGAGAUCAUAUGGAGAACAAAUGCUGUAACUGUGGUGGCCAGCACAGAGUGACGUAUGGGGGCUGUGAGAGCAGGAAAAGAGCAGUUGAAAUUCAACAGGUGAAGACUGCAAACAAUAUAAGCUAUGCUGAAGCAGUAAGGAAAGUUCAAGAACAAAAGAAAAGGUAUAAAACAGACAGAGGCAACGAGAGGACAAGAACAGAGAGUACAGGAUAAAAUAAAAAUGGGAAUGGAUAUUGAAAGAUUGAUUGUGUUCAUUGCAUAUGUAAUCAACUGUACAGACCAGGCCAGAAAUGGAUAUUGAAAGAUUGAUUGUGUUCAUUGCAUAUGUAAUCAACUGUACAGACCAGGCCAGAAACAAGACAGAGAAAUUAGAAUAAUAGUCAGGGGUGCUGAAAAAUUUCUAGAAAUGAAGGACAUAUCUUGGGAACAAGUCAAUAGGAGGCUUGAGGAUGAUGGCAGACAAGGAUUAGGGGGAGAAAAGACAAUCUGAUUAUUCUUCAGUGGAACGCAAGGAGUCUAAUAGCAAAUGGCCAAGAAUUCAAAAGAGUUAUUGAUGGUAUCAGAAACAAACCAGAAAUUAUAUGUGUACAAGAAGUGUGGCUUAAACCAGAGUUAGAUUUUGUUAUUAAGGGAUAUGUCAGUGUGUGCAGGGAUAGAAUGGAUGGAGUUGGGGGAGGAUGUGUAAUAUUUGUGAAACAAGGAAUUCAAUAUGGAAUACUGGAGAAGGGGAAAGAUCUGGAAAUUAUAACAAUUGAAGUAUGGACAAAAGAAGGAGUAAUCAGAGUGGUGAAUUUUUACAAUCCAUGCAAAAAACUGUCAAUAGAGUCUUUAGAUGAUCUUACUAGAAAUCUAGUGGGCAAAGUAAUUUGCUGUGGAGAUUUUAAUGCUCAUAGCACAGUAUGGGGUAACUAUAAUGAUGGAAAUGGGGAGGUAGUACAAGAGGUAAUGGAAAACAAAAAUCUAGUAUGCAUAAACAAUGGAAAGGGAACAAGAAUCGAUCUUCAACAUGGGUCAGAAUCAGCCACUGAUCUCACCUUAGUAUCAGGCAAAAUAGCAGGUCUAUGCGAAUGGAAAAUUAUGAAAGAACCAACAAUAGGUAGUGAUCACUAUCCAAUGGUUACAAGAAUAGGGUUAAGUUUAGAGGAAUAUGAUACGGGGGGUCAAGAAAGAUGGGUGUUCAGCGGGGCCAACUGGGAAAAAUACAAGCAGAUUAGUGAUGAAGAAAUGAGGAAGGUAAAAAAAAAAACAGGACAUAGAAGAAUAUAACCGUGCAGUAUGUGAGGCAAUUUUAGUUGCGGCAAAUCAAUCAAUACCAAAGAAGAGAGGAGGGAAGAGAAAGAAAAUAGUGCCAUGGUGGACGAAAGAAUGUGAAAACGUAAUUAAAUCCCAGAAUAAAGCAAUUAAAAUAUUAAAAAGAACUCAUAACUUCCAGAACCUUAUUGAAUAUAAAAAGUUACAGGCGAAGGUGAGAAGAACAAUUAAAAAUGCAAAGAAGAUCUUUUGGAGGAAGUUUUGUUGUUCAGUAGGGAGAGAUACAGAAACUGAGAAAGUAUGGGGAAUGAUAAAAAGAAUGAAUGGAAUGAAAAGAGAAUUUGGAUAUCCGGUACUAAAGGUUAAUGAGAAGAAUGCGGUAACAGAGGAAGAUAAAGCAGAAGUACGGUCCAAGACUUUUGUUAGAGUACAUAGUGUCAGUAAUAUCAGUGAAGAGGGACAAAGAGGAAGGGAGAAGACAUUAUCUGAAAAUGUAGAUCUGGUGCAACAGGAGGAAGGAACAAGCAAUGUAUUAAACUUGUCAUUUACAAAAGCAGAAUUAAACCAAGCUCUUAGGAAAACAAAGGUGUCUGCUCCAGGAAAAGAUCAGAUUUGUUAUAACAUGCUCAACUGUUUAAGUGAUUCAUCUAAGGACAUUAUAUUAGAUUUAUAUAACAGGAUCUGGGAGAAAGAAAAAUUACAAAAAAAAUGGAAAGAGGCUGUGGUGAUACCAAUAGGCAAACCAGGGAAAGAUGGGACAAAACCAGAAAAUUACAGACCAAUCGCACUAACAUCAAAUGUAUGUAAAAUAAUGGAAAAAAAUGAUCAAUACAAGAUUAACAUAUUAUAUGGAAAAGAACAGAUAUAUUUCAGCAAUACAAAGUGGAUUCAGAAGAGGCAAAAAUACAAUGGACCCAGCACAAUGUCUGGAACAUGAAAUAAGGAAAGCUCAGGUCAAUAAAGAAAGUGUAGUAGUAGUAUUUUAUGACAUUGUAAGGCAUAUGAUAUGCUAUGGAAGGAGGGAUUAUUAAUUAAAUUAGCAAAGUUGGGGAUUAAAGGCCAAAUGUAUAGUUGGUUUAAGGACUUUUUAGAUGGAAGAAAGAUUCAGGUCAGAAUGGGUAAACACUGUUCAAGAAAUUUUGGUAUAGAAAAUGGAACACCCCAAGGGAGCAUCAUGAGUCCUAUGCUAUUUUCAAUUAUGAUAAAUGAUGUUUUUAGUAGCCUAGAAAAAGGAAUGGGUUGUUCACUUUUUGCAGACGAUGGAGCGCUGUGGAAAAGAGGGAGAAAUAUAGAAUUUAUUGUUAAAAAGAUGCAAGAAACUAUUGUUAAGAUACAAGAAUGGGCAUAUAAGUGGGGGUUUAAAUUUUCAGUAGACAAAACAAAAACAGUGUUCUUCACACGUCAAAGAAUAAAAAGGAAUAUAACUUUAAAAAUGUAUAGUCAUGAGCUAGAAAGAGUCAAAAAUGUAAAGUUUUUAGGGAUAUGGUUUGAUGAAAAGUUAACAUGGAAUAUACAUAUUGAAAAAAUAGUAAACAAAUGCAAACAAGAGGGCUCUCGCAGCUGCUUAGCAGCUACGCUCGGGCCCUAAAAAGUGCGAAACAUAAUGAGGUGUCUGGUUGGAAGGGAUUGGGGAGCAGAAAGAGUGGCAUUACAAAACAUUUACAUUGGAUUAAUAAGGUCAGUAUAAGAUUAUGGAAGUGUGAUAUUUAGGUCAGCAGCAGAUACAGCAUUGGCAAAACUAGAUAGGAUCCAAUAUCAAGCAUUAAGGUUAUGCACAGGAGCCAUCAGGACAACCCCAACAGCAGCAUUACAAGUAGAAAUGGGAGAAAUGCCCUUAGAAUUGAGGAAAACACAGUUGGCUAUUAAUUAUUGGAUACAUUUAAAAGGAAAUAAAGAGAAUCACCCAACUCAAGAAGUACUAAAACCGUGCUGGGAAAAGAAGAAAAGAAAGAUAAAAAGUUUUGGAUGGACAGUUGAGCUAGAAACAAAAGAACUAGAAAUAAAUGAAAUAAACAUCAGCCCAACUGUACCACUACCAACAAUUCAGCCGUGGCUUCUACCAGAUCCUGUGGUAGAUCUAACAUUACUGGAGAAGAAAACCAAAAAUAAAGAAAUCAUAGGACAGCCACAGAUCAUACAAGACUACAUUGAAAGGAAAUACUAUAGUUAUAUACAAAUUUAUACAGAUGCAUCAAAAAACCUAGCAAACAAUGUAGGUGUUUCGGUAAUUGUCCCAGAAUUUAAGGUCAAAUUUUUAAAGCGCAUUGAGGACAGACUGUCGGUAUAUACAGGAGAAAUGUUAGCAAUUCUGGUAACACUGCAGUGGAUAGAAGAUGUGAGACCACUCAGAUCAGUUAUAGGUUCAGACUCAAGUUCAGCAAUAAUCAGCUUUAGAUCACAACCAUUCAGACAGCAGACAAGAUUUGAUAAUAGAAAUUAAACAAACAUUGUUUAGGAUUCAAAUGUUAGGGUUAGAUGUAGUAUUAGUAUGGAUACCAGCUCAUAUAGGAGUAGUUGGAAAUGAAAUGGCAGAUAAAUGCGCAAAGAGAGCAACAGAAAAGCAGCAAAUGGAUAGUAUAGUGCCAUUUAGCAAAACAGAAGUAAAGAACAUAAUUAAACAGAAGAUCAAACAAAGAUGGCAGGAGCAAUGGGAUAAGGAGAAAACGGGAAGAUGGUUUUAUGGAAUACAGAGACAAGUAGGGACAAUGAGAAAAACUACCAGAACUCGUGAAGAAGAAAACAUAAUAUCUAGAAUGAGAUUUGGACAUACUAGACUGAACAGUACAUUACAUAAAAUGGGAAAACACAACAAUGGAACAUGUGAUCAGUGCAAUAGUCAAGAAACAUUAGAACACGUUAUGAUGCAGUGCCCAAAAUAUGAGGCUGAAAGGAGGAACCUUAUAAGGAAUUUAAGUAGAAUAAAGAUUAGAUACAAUCUAAAGGAUUUGAUACAGAGGAAUUCUGGGGAAGAGUCAUAUCGAUUAAUAAUCAGGUUCCUAAGGAAGACAGAGUUAAUAGAAAGAAAUUAUUAUUUUAUUUUAUUUAUUUAUUUUAUUUUUUUCAUUAGUAUUAUUAAGAUCCAGACGCCAGACCAGUUGGUGGCGGUAAUGCACCAUAGCGUAUUUUGCCAACCUCCAAAAAAAAAAAAAAAGGAAUCAAGAAGAAGAAGAAACGCGGACAGUUGAUUAGUUUGACAAAACACAAGAGGUAAGACCACAAAUCUGCAACUAGUGUCUUUAAAUGGUGACAAAAUGCAGAACAUGCAGUUUUAUCAUAGCUGUAACUUUUAAGUGCAUAGCACAUUUCCGCUUACAUUAACAAACACUGUUAGCCUUUAGCUUAGCCGGACUUGCUAACUUGGAUGCAGCUGUGUUUCCGGUCAGUUUCAUUAACAAAAGCUGUAUUACAUAAAAUAUCAGAUUUAAAAAUUUAUCCACCUUAAAGAGAGGGGCUAAUUCUAAUCCUAUUUUCAUGUAAUACCGCCUGUAAAAUGUUAUGCAGCCGAUAUUACCCGGAAGAGUUCCCUGGCCGACUUCCGUUCAAAAUAAUAAAGAUUUAACGUGACCAGAAGACUUAAUUCAUGGCAUAGUAUAUCUAAAACUUUUUCUAUGAUCAGUAUAAAGCUUAAAGGUAUCCGGCCAGAAUUCAGCUUUAGAUACAUGUCUGUGAUGAACGUAAUUGUGCCUUUAACUGACAGACCGCUAUAGGUCGGUAAUAGAUUUCUCCACGUUAACGGUAGAGAGUCAAACCAAGUUCAUCAAAGCUGGCUAUGAAUUCACGUAUCAUACAACCAUAGAAAAACAUUAUUGAAGCCCCGAUUAUUCUGGGGUAUGUUGUAAAGUACCCCCAGUUUUCAUCCAGGUCUAACUAGAGUCCAGAACACCGGGGAAAUAGGUUUACAGUUAAAGUGUGCAAUCUUUGAACGGAGUUUGGUGUUGAGGUUUUCUGUGGAGCACUUUUCCAUGUUUACAUUAUACAGAGCUCUUCCACUGAAGUAAGCAAACUCAAAACAUACCUUUUUAGUCUUGCAUUUAACAAAAUUUUAUAUCAUUAACUUUGUUUACGUGUUUUUGCAUUUAUCUCUUCUAGUUUUGAUCACAGGAUCGCCUUUGAUUGAGCUAUUUUGGUGCUCUUAUUUUAAUAUCUUUUACUGUUGUUCUUAUUUCAUUUUAUUUAUUUCUGAAAUUUCAUUUUAUGUUACUUUGUUUUUAGAUUUUAAAACCUCCAGUGUUUCCUCAGUGCGCACAUUCCUAUUUAUAUGAAAUCAAGCCCUUUUUAAGUUAAUCCACUUUAAUACUGUUUCUAUUGUGUUUAGAUUGUGCGGUGGGAAUGAGGGUUGUGGGUUGGGGUAGAUUAGGGUUUUCUUUGUUUCUUUUAUUCCUCUGCUAUGUAAAGCACUUUGUUCUACAUCGUUUUUGUAUGAAAAGUGCUUUACAAAUAAAGACUGAUUGAUUGAUUGAUUAAAGUUAGGCAUAUUAAUCAUUAACAAUACUUGCUCUGUUCAAGAACGAGACUGUAGAGCUGUGAGUAGACCUGAAUAAAGACCUCAAGCUUUGGUCCUGCAGCAGCCUGCUCUUCUCUGUGAGGAUUAUGAAGUCAGCCUGUGACAAACAAACAAACUCUUGUUAGAACGUAUUUAAACAUUGAGUUUGUUUUGUUUAUCUCAAUUAACUUAUAAGUUCGUAAUAUAAAACAUACAUUUGCACAGCCAGCCUUUUCAGCAGUGACCUUCUGUGGCUUACCUUACUUGCAGAGGGUCUCUACGAUCGUCUUCUGGACAACUGUCAGUCUGUAGUGUUGUGAGCUGCCCCAAAGUUAAACAGGACAGCUUUAAAUACAUAAUAUUCAGAGAGUGCUUUGCUCCAUCACCGAUAACAUGAUCCAGAAGUAAAAAGAACAAUGUUUUCAGGAGUAAUUGUAUGUGAAGAGUUAGAAUGAGGAAACAGCUGAAACAAAAAGUAAAGGAGUGCAGGGUCACUGGUGCCCUGGAGUUUAGCUCUCAGUUGAAAAAAAAUCUCUUCGUGUUGAUGUUUAGGCAUAAAUGAAAACAUUAAAAUGUGACUUUUCUGCAGAUGGAAAACUACAGUAAAGCUCGGACAGAGGAGCAGCAGUCUGUCUCUCCGUUCUCUGGUCUCCCUCCAGACACGCCGGAGGUCCGAGUCAAAGAUGGCAGCAAGAUCCGCAACCUGCUACGCUACGCCCUGGGCCGUAUGGAGGCCAAAGCCCGAGUAGCUGACCCUGAGGAGGAGGGAGGACCCCCAGCUGAGGGGGGAGGAGGUGAGGAUGUGCCACAGGAAGCAGCUGCCCGGCCCCUAUGCAGACACAUCAUCUUCACGGCGAGCGGGAAGGGCGUGUCCAAAGCUAUCACGUGUGCUGAAAUCGUAAAGCGGCGUGUGAAGGGGCUCCACCAGCUCACCAAGCUGCAGUACAGCACUGCUGUGGAGGUGUGGGAGCCGCUGGAGCCUGGCGCCGGCCUUGACAGCCUCACCGUCAACAGAAACGUGCCCACCAUCUGGAUCCUGCUCUCCAGAGAGCCAAUGGACAGCAGCCAGCCUGGGUACCAGCCACCAGGACGCUAUGACCUGCUGUGGGCUCAGAGCAUCAACAAGGAAGAGGUGGGGUCGACAGGACAGAGAACCGGGCACAAGAGGAAGAAAGGAGGAGGAGGAGGAGGAGAGAGAGGAGGAGGAGGAGGCAGAGGGAGGGGGUCUGGACGUCAGGCUGGGCGCUCCAGAGACUCAGUAAAAGGACAGAGUUGAUUUAUUUUCCAUUGAUAAUUUAUUUUUACAAACUGAACAGACAGGAAGAGAAAAACAGUCAAAGCUUCAAAACUGGAAACCUGCUGUGAAAAAUGCUUUUGGACUUUUUUCAUUUAGUAUUUUGGUCAGAAAAGACAAAAUGAUCCAAGUAGGCUGAUGAAGAUAUUUGUUGAUGACUGUGACGGGAACAGGAUCUGCGUCUGUAAGAAGUGAAGUGGUCUAAGUUUUCUCAUGUUACUGUGUGAUGAUGAUGAUGAUGAUUUUGGUCUUCAGGGUCUCUGUUUUGUAAAACCAGACUUGAGUUGUCUCUCUGUGGAAAUCUUUUUCUACAGUGUGGAUGAAAAACUUUUAUGUUCCUGAAAUGUGAUUUAAGAACUUGUUUAUUUUGAAACAAAUAAAAACUAUUCUGACUUUAAACUGUGAGCAGAUGAAAGGUGGUCCUGACCCUCUUUAGAGCGGAGAGUGCACCGUCCAUGAUUUCCAAAAAGGUCAGCUUUUGAUUCGUCACAGGAAAGCUUUCCACUUACCCUCAGUCCACCUUCGAUAAAUUUGAUAUGAUCUACUGUAGAUGAUAAAAUCCACUCAGGAACUUUAUUCUGAAACUGUUGAACUGUUAGCUCAUGCAGUCUCUCACAGAGUCCUGAACCUCUGACAGAUUCAGCCUUCUUGACCCAGUCAUGUGACUAACCUGUCGUUCACGUCAAUAAUUCGAUUUUCUCAGCUGCAUGUAUACGAGGACAAGGAGAGAAGUCCGAUUUGGCGAAAAAAAAACAAAUUAUGAGCUUAGUCCGAUCAAACUGCAUGUAAACACACUGAAUAACGACUUUUUGGAAAAUGUUGCUGCCAUGAAUAAAUAAAAUUAAAAUGAGCAUACCUUUAUUCAUGAUACUUUUCAUUCGGAUCCUUAUCUUGGACUUUUUGAGGUUGUAGUUCAUGACUGUAUUUGUUACACGCCCAGAGAAGUUGGCAUCUUGAACUGGACUGUCAAACAUCUUAAGGUCAGUUCAUUCUGGACUUAAACA